GGCAGAGGAAAAAGCAGGAAGCUCUAAUUUCUUCCACCCAUUGAUGCACACAGAAGACUCAUCUGAGUUACAAACCAAAGAAAAUACUGAGGUCUGCGGGAGAGUAUAACGAGCACAUGUUCCUGUCCUGGUUUAGACAAGUACUGAUCCAUAUGAAAGUGGCUUAUAGAGGUGGAGAAGUGAGAUACAACUGAAAAUUGGCUCUAUCAAGCUUAAAACCAUCAGGAAAGAAAUGAUGAGCUCCCCCAUCCAUAGUUCACCAGUCUCCCGUGUGGUGAUCUUUGGCGGUACACAUGGAAAUGAGAUGUCCGGCGUCACUCUGGUUAAACACUGGUUAGGGAAUCCUUCUGAAUUGCAAAGGAAGACAUUUAUGGCUGAAGUAUGCCUUGCAAAUCCCCUUGCUGUGGAAAAAUGUGUGCGGUACAUUGACAGGGACCUAAACCGCUGCUUUUCAAAGGAAGUGCUAUGUUCACCCGAAUCUGAGAGUGAUCCUUAUGAGUUUAAACAAGCAAGAGUAUUGAAUCAGAAAUAUGGCUUUGGAUCAUGUCCAUUUGAUUUUGUUAUUGAUUUGCACAACACAACUUCCAACAUGGGUGCCACAUUUUUACGUGCCUCAAAGGAUGACAUCCUGUCCCUGCAUAUGGCAAACUAUUUACAGAGCAGCUGUGGGAAUCAGUCUAUGCCAUGCUACAACUACUUUAUCGAUAUACCAAAGAAGGAUAAUAUUUACCUCCAGAAUAUAGGAAGAGAUGCACUCUGUUUAGAACUUGGACCGCAGCCUCAAGGAGUGACCAGAGCAGAUAUAUUGUCUAGGAUGAGAGAACUAGUAAACCGUGGUCUGGACUUUCUUGACCUGUAUAAUCAAGGUAAGGAGUUUCCAGGUUUUGAAACUGAUAUAUACAGAGUUUUAUCCAAAGUGCAAUAUCCACAAGAUUCUUCUGGAGAAAUUUCAGCUUUCGUCCACAAUGCGCUAAUGGACAAGGAUUAUGCUCCUUUGAAGCCUGGAGAUCCUAUUUUCACAACUAUGAAUGGAGAAGAUUUGCUGUAUGAUGGAGAGGCAGUCGUUUAUCCAACAUUCAUUAAUGAGGCAGCAUAUUACGAGAAAAAUUUAGCAUUUGUACUGACUGAAAAAGUCAGCUGGAAAGUCCCUGCUUUAAAACUGGAAACUCUAGCAGUCCAUCCUGGAAAUCCAAAAUAGGUGCCUUAGUUUUACUGAAGUGCCAACAAUGCAAUGUUUAGAAAAAUAGAAACUAUUCCAUAUUUAAUAAUCUUGAUGAAGUGCUUUCUUACCAGAUAUGGUAUAGUUAUCUGUUCUGCAUUGCUGUAUGCUAAAUAAUUAUAUAUCUUUUCAUUAUUCUCACUCUCAGGAAACUGAAACUUUCUAUGCAGCAUUUAAAUAAUACUUUUGAUGAUUUUCUCUUUUUUGCCAGUGAGAGCUCUGUGAAGAACUGGCUGUAAAGUCAUGCAGCCCGUUCUAGUUCUGUGAGAUCUUUAAAGGGGUUUUCCAGACUUUUACACUGAUGAGCUAUCCUCUGCAUAGGUGAUCAGUAUUUAAUUGGUGGGGGUCCGACACCUGGGACCCGUGCCAAUCAGGCUUUUUCAGAAGGCUCUGGUGGUCGCAGUAGCAGCGGAUUUCUUGCAGCUUUGCCUAGGCCAUGUGACAUCGUGUUUAUCGGCCACAUAGCCUAGACACAGCUGACCAGAAUGAGCUGCGAUACCAAGCACGGCCACUGUACAAUGUGUGGCGCUGUUCUUGGCUAGCUGAGAGAAGGCCAUGGGGCUACUGCGAGCAUAGGUGCUUUCUCAAACCGCUAAUCGGCGGGGGGUUCCAGGUUUUGAACCUCCAACGAUCAGAUAUUGAUGACCUGUCCAGAGGAUAAGUCAUCAGUAAUAAAAGUCUUGGAAAACCGUUUUAAAAUCUAUGUGUCAUGUUUUUCCUCUCCAUUAAGUGCCUGAGAUGGGUAACAUUUGUCCCCCUCAGGGUUUGUAUUAUGUUACAAUUUAAAGGGUGCCUCAUAUUAAAACAUACAGUGCAAUAGGAACAUUCAGUUAGUCAGCAUGAGCAUUUCACUGGUAAAACAGCUUUAUUACUGAAGUACAUUUACUAAUUAGCAGUCUAGUCGUGCCUCUCUACAGUACAGUGCGGUAAUACAGGUUUUGUACAGCUCUUUACAUGUCCCACGAGGAGCUGCUCCUUGGGACACCAAGUGAGGUGGCUCAAUUUUAUUUUUACUGUGCACUGAGGACUAUACAUACCAUGAAGAGGUGCCU